AUGUGGUCUUCCUCAGGGAGUGGCAAGAAGCCGCCGCCUCAGCAGGAAAUGGUUCAAGUCGAUAGGUCCGAAUCUGCCUCUCCUUUCUGGCGGGUCCAGAGGGAUAAUGGCGGUAGGAAGAGCAGCCGAGGCGAUUCCAGCCUGGUCAUUGGCGCCGCUUAUUCCCAUGCCGACAUGCUGAAGGUCGAUUCACUGACCCUUUCAGGCUCGUCGUCACGGCCGAGAACGCCGCCAUCGACAUCGUCCCAGAAGCUCAGGAAUAUCGACACCAGCUCAACACCACCACCGCCAAAGCCCGGCCUGUCCUCCCCUCCACUCAAGUCGUAUUUCAACUUCUUGUCCAACACCAACCAAGACUGGAAGGUCGACGAUGACCCCGAAGGAGAUGAUGUUUAUGCAUACGAAGACGAUGACGGAGACGACUUUGGGCUGCCGACGCUGUCCAACAAGAAACUCCGAUCGCGGCGACAAGCACAAGCGCAAGCGCAAGGAUCCUCGUCAAAUCAAGGCUUGGAUCAAGAGCGAUUGAGUCCGACAAGUGGCUUGUCUGCGCGGCGCUACUCGAAUAGUGCAGACAUUGCGAUCGAGCGGCCUACGCCAUCAUACCCCAUGCCGAAAAAGAGCGAAGGAAAGAUUCUCAGGCCGCAAUACAAAGACAUACUUAGAGACCCAGCAAAUGCUCUGCACCUGAUCAACCACCCGUCAAUACCCGCCGGCGCCACACCAAAAGAGAUCGAUGCAAUCAAUUCUCGUGUAACAAGGAUCAACAAAUUCAAGAAGAUACUGCAAGCUACGACAAUACCACUGCCUGAGCUCAGAUCCUUGGCAUGGUCUGGUGUUCCUGAAGAAGUACGCGCAAUGACCUGGCAGCUUCUCCUUAGUUAUCUCCCCACAAGCAGUGAAAGGCGAGUUGCUACAUUAGAACGGAAACGCAAAGAGUACCUGGAUGGCGUUCGGCAAGCGUUCGAGAGGAGUGGCGGCAACCCAACAUCUAGUGGCAAGGCACGAGGACUCGAUGAGGCGAUAUGGCAUCAGAUCAGUAUCGACGUCCCGAGAACGAAUCCACAUAUCGAGCUUUACCAGUAUGAGGCGACACAGCGGUCGCUAGAACGCAUUUUAUAUGUGUGGGCCAUCCGGCACCCGGCAAGUGGCUAUGUGCAGGGUAUCAACGACCUGGUCACGCCAUUCUGGCAAGUCUUCCUAGGCUCCUACAUAACGGACAACAAUAUCGAAAGUGGCAUGGACCCUGGUCAGCUACCGAAGGCAGUGCUGGAUGCUGUCGAAGCCGACUCAUUCUGGUGUCUCACGAAACUGCUGGACGGCAUCCAGGAUCACUAUAUCGUGGCUCAGCCAGGCAUCCAGCGACAGGUAGCUGCGCUCCGAGACUUGACCGCUCGAAUCGAUGCAGAUCUCGCCAAGCACCUUGAGAACGAGCACGUGGAAUUCAUUCAGUUCAGCUUCCGAUGGAUGAACUGCCUUCUUAUGAGGGAGAUCAGUGUGCAAAACACAAUCAGGAUGUGGGACACAUAUCUGGCUGAGGAGCAAGGCUUUUCCGAGUUUCAUCUUUACGUGUGUGCUGCGUUCCUGGUGAAGUGGUCCGCAAAGCUCCUAAAGAUGGACUUCCAGGAGAUCAUGAUGUUUCUACAAUCAUUCCUGACUAAGGGCUGGACUGAGAAGGACAUUGAACUGCUGCUCAGUGAAGCUUUCAUAUGGCAGAGCCUGUUCAAAAACUCGGCCGCACACUUGCGAGGUGGGCCAACCCGGGCACCCGCAGCAAAUAUGACAUUAUGA